GGAUAACACAGAUUUUAUAUACAGUAAUCGGGAAAUGAUCACCUGCAAUGAUUUUGUAGCAAAUCAUCUCGUGAAAUUUUUACAGGGGUUUACUCAUACACCGAACAUGGGCUGUGGUUAAGUAAAGAUAAUUAUUUUUUUCUACAUCUUUAAAUGAAAUAUUAGACAUAAAAAAAAUGAAAAAAAUAUAUAAAUAAAAAAUACAGCUAUGGAAGUUAAUCACGUGCAGGAUUUUAAAUAGGUAUAAAAGGGAGAUUGUCUAUGUAACUUGGAUUAUUUGAUCUUACUAUUUCAUGCAGACGACAUUUUACUCAUAGGCGCACUGUUCUAUAUCAUUUGUACACGGAACAAAUUUACUGCAUUUAUUCUGGUAUUUUGUUGGUUUUUGAUAGAAAAAAUCACAGACGAUUACUUCAAAACUAUCAAUUCUCUUUAAGCCUUAAGAGAAUGACUGUUUGAUUUUAGAAGUUUAAAGGAUACUAUCGCUCGAGUUAAAAUGUUUUCUGUGUUUGAUGCGAAAUCCAGCAGUCGGAGCUUGGAGGUGUUCAGAUGUAGCGCGUGUGAAAAACGUGCCGUUACUUCACUAGGUUCACAAUCACAUACUGUGACUCGAGUAGUCUCCAGAUCACGUGCAGUUCUUGUUAUUAUCAUAUUGGGUGUUAUUCAUACUUUAACGGUUAAAGUCUCGGCGAGUUCGCAUCGAGGCUUAGACAUGUGUGAACCCAUAGAGAUCCCUCUCUGCAUGGGUAUGCCGUACAACAUGACCAGGAUGCCGAACCAUCUUCACCAUAGUACGCAAGAAAACGCGCGGUUGGCUAUAGAACCGUACGGUGAACUUUUAAAACAGAACUGCAGUGCGGACUUGUUGUUUUUCUUAUGUGCAAUGUUUGCGCCGAUAUGUACACCUCACUUUCAGAAAGCUGCAAUACCACCGUGUCGUUCGGUCUGCGAGCGCUCGAAGCGUGGGUGUGAGCCCCUUAUGAAUAAAUAUAACUUUUCUUGGCCAGCAGAUUUGGAUUGUAACCUUCUACCGGAAUAUGACAAAGGAGUGUGUGUUUCUCCGGAAGCUAUAGUGUCUUCUAUGCCGACAGAAAACGCCCCAGCUUCUGAAGACGGGAAAACUACUCGCCCGAAACCAAAGAAGGACUGCAAAUGUACAUCUAGAAAUAAACCAACGAAAAAAGCAUAUAAGAAAGGAAAAUAUGAUUUUGCAAUCGGAUGUAUGGUAAAACGUAUAACAACUAUAGAUGAGAACAACACGGUCAUACUGGUUGUAGUGGACAAGAUCUUGCAGCGUGGUAAAGUACAUCUACAGGAAAGGCGGGAAAUAGACUUGUGGGCGGACUCUCAGUGUGUGUGUCCAGCUUUAAAAGUGAACAGACAAUAUCUUAUUAUCGGUGAAGAAGAAGUUUUAUUAAAUAGACUGAAGUUCAGUGAUCAUAGUCUGGUUACACGAUGGAAACAAAAAUGGGAGAAAAAAUUCAAAAGAUGGUCCAACACCAAGUCAAAAAAGAGAAAGAAGGGCAAGAACCGUAAAAACACACGAUGUAAGAAGGGAAAAUGCCGAAAAAAUAAUUCCAAAGAGAAAGUUCGCUGUAGGGUUGAACAAAAAGGCGAAUCUUCUAUGAGAAUGAAAUGUGUACGGACAGAAGAAGAACCUACGGAUGAUAAACUGGAAAAUUCAUCAAAAAGAAGAAGGAAGAAUAAAGACAGACGGAAGAAUAAAGGGCUUUUGGACCUCAGUGGAGUUCCCAAAUAAACACACACGAGCUGACGGAUUCUUCACAAAAAGAAUAAUCCAAACAGUACUGGUAAAUGAAAACUGUGCGUUUUCUGAAAUAGUCAUCUUGCUCAUUGAACACGUGAAAUUCGUGCAUUUUAUAUAAUGUUACAUGAAUAAAGACCGUUAAACGCCGUGCCUAAACGGAUAUAUUUAACUGCGUCACGUGAAAAUAACACUCCGUCAGUUUGUGAUAGUUUGACGUCACUUAACGUCACGUGUUGAAACAAAGUUACAUGUUGCAGAGUGUAUAAAUGUAUCAACUAAACUGUUGACAGAGAGGAUGGAAACUUUUAACUGUGAUUAAAUGUAUUUAUUUUAUAGAAAAUGUUCCAAGUGUGUUUCCUAGAACAGAAACUAUAUGUAAUAAGUUUCUAGUUAAAGGACAUGGAAACUUGCUGAAUAUAUUUAGGAAUGCAAGCAUCAUACUAAAAUCAUCGUCUUCCAUAACGAUACAUGUACAUUUUUAAAAAUGAUUUCAAUCAAAUUUAGUCUUAGAUUACUCCAUUUAAGUUAAUCUCAUUUAAACUUAAUAUAUUAUUGAAUUAAUUUAGUAAAGUUAUGGUUAACAUUUUUUUAUGGUUGACACUUUUUUUAACAUUGAAAACAUUUACCAGGCACUUUUCAUGCUAUACUUGUAUAUGGAUUUGAGUGAAUCCGGGUCAACUCGAUCUAAAAACUAACCCGGUCAUGGGUCAUCUCGGCCCUAUGCCAACUCGACCCAUAUUAUGGACUACUUUUAUAACUUUUUAUAUAUUUUCAUCAUAACUUUCAUUGUUUAACAUUUUCGCGUUUAAACUGAAUAUACUAAUAUUUAAAAAAAUUCUUGUUGUACUUUAUUGUAUAUUUAUUUACGCCUUAAAAUUUUUAUCAAUUAAACAAUCUAUAUUCUAAUAGGUUUUUAUUGUAAGGUCGAGUUGACCUGUGCCGAGUUGGUAUAGGGCCGAGUUGACUCUUUUCCAAUUUGAAUGGCGCCAUAUUUGAAAAUUCUGUUGUAAAUGCGUGGGUUUUAUAAUCAGUCCAUAAAUUAAGCAGUCUACAGUAUAUAGAGUCAGGUCGAUAAGUGUAGACUGAUCUGGUCCUAUACAGGCGGAAUAGAAAAAUCAUUAUUACCAUUGGCUUUCAAGUAGUUGACAGUUGAUCUUUUGCCACCAAUAUAGAGCCAGGUCAGUUUACCAUUGCAGUGAGAUCACGGGCUAUACUGCUGGUAGCCUUUUUCUUAACCUGCUGUAACUGAGUGGCCUAGUGGUUAAGCUGUCUGCCUCUCAACCAAGGGAUCAUGGAUUCGAGCCCUAAUCAGAUCACGACAAUGUUUCUUCAUAUGACACCAGUACUGGUUGGUUCCAGGAAGUGGACUAGAAAGUGAUAAAUAUAAGUUGCAAGAAUUUGUUUCACAAUCGAGCUUAAAUAAAUAUGUUUACACUAAGUGAUUCGCCUUUGCCACCAAGAGAGCCAGGCCAGCCUGCAUAUCUAUAGUCUGACCACACUUUAUACUGCUGGUAGCUCAUUAUUUUUGUAUGUUUCAUUACACAAAUUCAGAAGGUUAAAGAUUAAUAAAUGGUAGAAGAUAGGGACUUAAGAAGACAUCGACGUAUGUAUGCAUUUACAUGAAGUAUAGUGAACCAUGUAUAAAAACAUUUUAGAAAAUAAAACAGAUAUAAAUGA